AUGAAGCUAUCACUCUCCAACGCAAGAAAAACAGUCGUAAAAACUAUUAAUACACCGGGCAGGCAAAGGAGUUCGCAAAGCAUCCCGAAUAACGAAAAGGAUUACUUUUUUCGUCAUGGUAAAAUACCAAAAAGCCGUUCAGAAAAAUUAAUGGGCGAAAGUUUUCAAAGAAGAAAACAGGUUAAAGUCUCCCUGGAAUUUUUGAACGAAGCGAAACGAAUACUCGAUAUUGUGAAUGAAAAAUACCAAAGUGGGGACAGAUAUUUAGACGAGGUUUUUGGUGAACAAAUCAGUCAAGCUGAAGCUACUAAAUAUUUAGUAGAUUACUUACAAUCGGAAGG